CUUGUUAUUUCCGUCAGCACCUGAAGGCACCAUUGGUCGCUACUGUUUACUAGCAAUUCAGCUGCAGGGAUCAAGGCUAACCAAACCGAUUUGUUACAGUUGUGGUUACAAAAGAAACUCUCAAUUUGUGGAGUGUAAACGAAUCACUUACCUAUCUUGCAAUGGCUUUAAUUUGCUGAAUUUAAAACGGAGAUUAGAGUUAGCUGGGAAACAUUAACCAGAUAGCUAAGUGCUAACAACAGUCCCCACCGGUUUGUCAGUGUUAAUAGGUAGCUUGUUACUUUGUUUUAGAAGAUGGACAAGUUUGUAGUGCGACUUCCAAAGGGGGAAACACCUACAAAAUCCAAAGACAACGGAAAGGUUUACAAACAAACUACAAUUGAAUCUUUACGGAGGGUGGUUGUGAUUGAGGAUAUCAUGCGCUACAAGUCCAUGUUGGAGCUGCCAGAACAGAGCAAGGACAACUUGCUGUCUGCCCUCACAGAGCUGAGCAAAAAGGUCCCAUCCAGAGAGGUGCUUAAGUCCACCAAAAUAGGUCACACUGUCAACAAAAUGCGCAAGCAUCUGGACCCUGACGUUAGUUCAAUGGCAGCAAAGGUUUACACUGACUGGAGGACAUUCAUUGAGGAGAAUUCCAAUAAGCCAUCUAUUGAAGUGCGCUCCGACAAACAAUCUGAAGGACUCAGGAGCAACGCCAGAAGACUAAUGUCUGAGGCCCUGGAGGUCAAGGAGGAUUCGGGUCUUAUAGACAACAUUGAGAGAGAAGUGUUUCACCAGAGCUCUCGGUUAGUCAGCGGUUCAUACAGACGGACCGUUAGAGCGCUGGUGUUUGCCUUCAAACACAACCCUGACAUCAGAACUCAAGUAAAGGACAGCACCAUGUCAGUCAACCAACUGGUUUCCAAAUACAAGAAAUAACUGGUGUGAAAGACCUCUGGGUGGUUUUAUUUAAACAAUGAUGAUGCAUUUUAUUUUUUAUGUUUUUAUUAUUUUCUGUAAAGGAGAUAAAAAAAUAUGUUUACACUUAGUGGCACAUCUGCAGCCUUACACUGUUUUAUAACUGCAUGUUAAACACAGGGAAGAAUAAUUUAUUGUUGAAGGUGAUGAUAAUGCCCUCUUUUAUCUGGAAUCAUGGAUGUUAUUUAUAAAUGAUUUGUUUUUGUACUAUAGGUGAACAUUUUUUAUAAAAUAAAUUCAAUAUGAUUGAAAAUAUGCCAA